AAUGUGAACUGGAAAGAAAAGCUUAUUCGCAACCCAGACCUCUUCCUGAGACCUUCAGGACACAAACGCCAAGCGCAGGCCCUAGGCAGGAAUGAUGACUGGCUUGAUUUUCUUUUCAGAUCCGACGCCUGGCUUGUGGUUCGAACUCUCCACAGCCGGAGUCCAACUUGGUGGGACGAGCAUCUUUCGGAAGAAAAUGCUUCCUUCGUCAAGCAGUUGGUCUCGGAAGAAAAUGAAGCUCAGUUAGCAAGUAAACUGAGUCCUCUGAAAGAUGAACCCUGGCCUAUACAUCCUUGGGAGCCAGGUUCUUCUCGAGUCGGUGUGAUCGCCCUGAAGCUGGGCAUGAUGCCCCUGUGGACCAAAGACGGGCGGAAGCACGUGGUCACGUUGCUGCAGGUUCAAGACUGUCAUGUCCUAAAAUAUACUUCGAAGGAAGAUCACAAUGGCAAGAUGGCGGCCCUGACCGUCGGAGGGAAGACUGUGUCCCGCUUCCGUAAACCUGCAUCUGUCUUGAAAUUUUACCAGCAACUUGGAUUACCACCCAAAGAGAAAGUCAAGAUCUUCCACGUCACGGACAACGCUAUAAUUAAACCAGGCACGCCCCUGUACGCCGCACACUUCCGCCCAGGGCAGUACGUAGACGUCACCGGCAAAACUAUCGGAAAAGGAUUUCAGGGCGUUAUGAAAAGAUGGGGAUUUAAAGGGCAACCUGCUACUCACGGCCAAACGAAAACCCACAGGAGACCAGGAGCCAUCUCAACUGGGGAUGUCGCUAGAGUGUGGCCCGGAACCAAACUGCCCGGGAGAAUGGGGAACGUGGACCGGACGUCAUUUGGACUCAGAGUGUGGAGGGUCAACACGAAGCACAAUAUAAUCUACGUCAACGGCUCAGUGCCUGGACAUAAAAACGGCUUAGUAAAGCUUAACACGUUGCCCAAGGAUGGGCUUCCGUACAACCCCACUCAAAAUACCCACGCGGGACUAUCUUUAAGAAGCGAUGUGCCCACCACCUGCUCCGAAGCCUAUGGAAAGCAAGGGGCCUGGCUAAGCUCUGGCCAGGGAGCAUUAGGAGAUGCAUAA